CAAUCAUAUAGAAAUGUCAGGGGCAAAAAGGGUUGAGACUGUUUAUUUACAGAAUAAAGCAUUUACAUCACCCAACAUUUUUCUCUCGUCAUCCAAUGAAAGAUCGCGUUUCAAUAAUUCUGAAGUUGCUUCGUAUGACCAUGGAAUACAUCCCAUGCUUAAUGCACUCAGCAUGGAGAAAGCUCUCAUACAAUCAGUACAGGUAUUAUCUCCCACUAAAGCACAAUGGACACGAAAAUCACCAGAAGAGUCAAACAUCACGUUCAGACUAAUCCGUAUUCAAGGUAUCACCUCUUCAACAAGUACGCAGCUUGGCAUAGAUAAUCGGUCUUCAGGCUAUUUAGUAAAUAACUUUACCUUCAGUUGUCCUUCCAAAUGUAUGAGACGUAGCUGUGCGGGAUGA